GUUGACGAGGACUAUCGUCCCCUAACUCACUUGUCGGCCGCUCCUCCAAACGAUUACGAAACGAUGCACGGUGUUUCUAACGGCUGUCGGGGAGGUAACCGCCUUGGCCCUCAGAACCUUUGUAGGGGUCGCGGGGCGGCAACUACUUCCCGCGUCCCUGUAGUCGCGACCAAUCCUAAUCCACCGCCAUCGCCUGCCAUCCCUCUUCGGUCGACCACUUCCCGAAGUGUGACUAGGGGUGGUCCGACUAGAAGGCGGCCACGGGAGCCAGCUGCGGCCGACACCGCGGCUAAUAAAAGGCAAGCUGUGGAGGACCCUGGCACCUCAGUUGCCAACGAGGUGGUUUAGGUUGAGGAUCUGGAUCCGGAAGCUCUGGGGGAGACUGAGGGACGCGUCGCUGCUGCGAACGUUCAGCCGCCUCUUAGCGACACUUCCUGGUUGUCGAGCUCUACUUCUUCCAUUAGGGAGAAGAUAAGGGAACUAAUUACCAUGCCCAGCUUUCUUACUAACUUAUCUCCCGGCAUCUUCUAUCGGUAUCGAGAGUGGAUAGAAAAGAAAGAGGUGUCGCUCACUGACUCUGUGGCGGCCGCGUUUGCUCCAGUGCCCGUCACUCCUGGGAAGAUUUAUCAACCUGACUGGGACGUCAAGGAAGAUGAAUCUCUCUACUCGGAUAUUCCGAAGAAUAGUGGCGUCCUGGCCUACCGGAUUCUGAAGGGUAUGCAACUACCCUUGGACAGACCGUCAGGGUCCUUAAUCACUUCUGCUGGCCGGCUAAUAAUGUUGCCGUCGAGCUUAUAUAACAGUAUUUGGAGUACCAGAGGUUGGCAGACACCUACAAGUCUUCUUUAGAGACUUGCCAGGGUCUGCUCCAGGAUGCUGAGAAGAAGCUGACGCCUCUGGAGGAUGAGGUGGCGACUCUAAGGGAGAGGGCGGCCCUUUUGGAGGAAACGGAAGAGAACGUCAAGGCCCUGACCAAAGCUGUAGAGACCGCCAAUACUGAAAAGGACAUAGCCAUUUUGGAUGCCUCUGCUGCUGAAGCCAGGGGAGCUGUCAAGGUUGUUGCUGACUUUAAGGUGUUAGAUGAGUAUGUGGCGGAGCUUCAUAAGAGGUAUGAUGGCGGCUGGGCAGCUACCAUGAGGUGUGUCUGCAAAACCGUUCCAGGCUUUGACUGGAACGUUAUUGAAGAUGCUUAUGCUGUCGGCCAUCAUCUCACGCCUUUUGAGAGAGAUCCGAAUUUCGCUGAUGAGGACGCCAUAGCUGAUGUGGAUCCUCGUGAACCUCUUGAAGCUUUUAGCGGCCAUCUCUCAGUUCUUCUUGCUCCUCUAAUAGUUUUUAGCUUUUUUGCUAUAGUUUGUAAUACUUUUAACUUUUGGUAUUGUAAUUCGCCUUUUGCUGGCUUUCUUGAACAAUUAUUCUGUUGAUUUUGCCAAGUACUUUAUUCCAAUUAAAAGCCUUUUUUACACUGGCCGCCACAUUAUAUUUUGUAGUUGGCCGCCAAG